AAUGGCGUCUGGGUUUAGUCCUCAUGGAGGUGUCCCCCGGUGUUUCGCAUACUGGCAGGAAUUCUCGAAGUGCUACGCACAGACGGAUGUGCCAUCACAGUGCCGCCCGCCGGCUGACGACUACUUAGAAUGUCUUCACCACACUAACGAGAUUGCCCGUGCAAAGGCGAUCAAGGCAGAAUUCGUGCGCAAGGCACAACGACAGGCACACGAGGGACGCAAGGCGGCAGAUAUCCUCGCAGACGGUGUCAUUGUCGGUGUGGGACUGAUCCAGCGAAGUCAGGGCGAGAGCGAGCACGCGAAGUAAUAUCGCUGUUUUAACUCAAUGGAUGCCGUUCACUCUGU